UACUAUCUGUCAGUCAGGCUUUUACAGCAGUUUAUUAUAUCGCUGCAAUUUUAUAUUUGCAUUACUAUAAAAAAUACAAUUUAAACAUAUUUUAUUAAUAAAAUGAAUUAACAACCUUCUAACUAUGACUACUCAGUACAAGAAAUUUACUAAACUCAUAGCUAAAUGGCCUGUUGAUAGCAGCAAAGGCGAAAGAGACCUUGGAAAAUUCAUUAGAGAGAAAGUAAAGGCGGCGUUCGAAACUGCUAAUAAACAAAAUCUAGACUCGGAACUUUGCAAUCGGCAAUACAAUUCCCUAAACAAAAUAGCCGAUAAUUAUUAUAAAAACAAAUACAAACGUACAAAGAGUAGCACAGCGACUGGCCUUAGUACUGAAGAGUGUAACUUAAUACUCUCAAACGAGGUCUUAAAUUAUUUGAAAGAAGAAAAUAAGUCAAUAUUUAUUAGGAAACUCUCGACUAAACCCAUCGAGUACAAAGACCAUAUCCCUGUUAUGUUAAAUAAGGCCAUAGAGUACCUCAAUCCUAAAGAUAAUGAACUUUAUGUGGAUAUGACAUUUGGUGCCGGUGGCCAUUCGAAAAAAAUACUUGAAACAGCAAAUUGUACAUUAAUAACUUUAGAUAGAGACCCUGUAGCUUAUGAGAAAGCCAAAAACCUAGCCAAGGAAUACCCAAAUAGAGUAAUCCCAUUAUUGGGAAGAUUCAGUGAAUUGCCAGCUCUUUUUAAAACUCAAGGAAUUGAACAAUCUAGUAUUGAUGGCAUAUUAUUUGAUUUUGGUUGUUCGUCAAUGCAAUUAGACACAGGAGAAAGAGGAUUUUCAGUCAGCAAAGAUGGCUAUCUAGAUAUGAGGAUGGAUGCCGGUCGAGAUCCUAACCAAAUCACUGCUAGGGAAGUACUUGCAACAGCAAACGAACAUGAACUAUAUAAAAUAUUCAAGAUUUACGGUGAGGAGAAAAAAGCUGCUAAAAUUGCUCAGACUAUAAUACAAGCUAGGUACAUGAUAAAGAAUAUUGACACAACUAAAGAACUGGUUGAUGUAGUAAACUCGUGUUGCCCAGAUGAAGUUAGAUUAGACAAACUGCAAAGGCCCCAGUCAAAUGCUACGAAAGUGUUCCAAGCACUAAGGAUAUUUGUAAAUAAUGAAUUGAACGAGUUAAAUUAUGGCAUGGUACUAGCUAAAUACUAUUUGAAAUUGAACGGGAGACUGGUUACAAUAUGUUUUCAUUCUUUAGAGGAUACAAUAGUAAAACGGCACAUAGGAGGGAAUACAAUUAAUGAAGUAGCAAAUCCAGUCCCAUUGAAAUAUCACAGCCCCUUGUUAGUUCAAGACCAAGAGACUAUAAAUGAAUUUCUUGACACACCAUGGAAACCACUAAAUAAACAUGUGGAAGUUCCAACUGAUGAAGAAGUAGAAAGAAAUCCCAGAAGUCGGAGUGCUAGGUUGAGAGCUGCAAUAAAAAUAAAAUAAUAUUAUUAUAUAUUUAAAAUUGGAUUAGUUUAAUUAUUAUGUCAAGAUGUCAAUACUGAAAUUUUCAAAUUUAUGUCGCCAUUGUAAAUGUAAUAAACCAUGUGUUGUAAAUUGUUAAUAAUAUUUUUUAUUCCUUUA